CCCUGGGCAUCCAGCAACCACAUAGCACAGUAGGCAUGUAUGUAAUCAGACAGGCGAACGAACAGAACCCACACACUCGGCUUUCGUCUAGCACCUAGCUCUCUGUUGUUAUUGAGAUUGUCUGGAAGUUAGUUACCCCCUCACAGCUUAGCUUGGGAGAUGCUCAUACCCACAGUGCCCGCCCUCCCCAUGUGAGUCGGUCGGUCAGUCAGUCAGUCAGUCGGUCAGUCAGUCAUGAAAGUGCAGGAAGGUGCCGUCCUUCAUCCAUGCGCUGUCUUGACUCCUCAGCAGCUGAGACGCGCGUCUCUUGGCCUCGGUCUUCAUCGAGCUGCUCCGCAUCAACUGAGACAGCUUCAUCUGGUGCAAAUCCUUGUAGCUAGAAGCUGCCAAAUAGACACACGAACACACGCAGAGAGCAGCCCGGCAUCCACGCGACGAAAGACAGAGAGGGGGAACCACUGCGUAUGUGUCUGUCUGUCUGUCUGUCUCUGUGUGUGCCCUGACCCUGCAUGAGUGGUGGCGACAGUGGCCCAGGCAAGGAGGGGAGGCUCCCUGCCCUUGUGAGCAUUCUGUCAACACCAAGGCGCUGCUGAGCCGCUCUGGCCUUGCCCACUCCUCCCCCAUGUGCCGUCAGGUCUACUUUUCUCGACCCCCUCAGGCCAGCCAGGUUGCUAUAAACAGACGAUGUGCGAAGGGAGAGGCCGCGCGAAGGGGGCCUGGGGCAUGCAGACAGCCGUUGCGAGUGUGUCUCAGGGGUGUGUGUGUGUGUGAUUGGUUGACCUGAGUGAGGCCGAGAGAGGGAGGACGGCAGGCAUGUCAAUCUUGCCGGGUGGCCCGGGUGGCAGAAGCGGCGCGGGGGCGAAGUGGACACGGCCUGUUAGUCGUGUAGGAAAGCAACGAAAGAAGCUUUCUUUCCCACAUUGGUUGCUUCAUGUGAAGACCGUCCUUCGCGACCUUGCUUUGUCUGUUUCUGCUGCUCCUGCUCCAUCAGCCACUCCCUCUCGUGUCGCCCCUCGCUCGUCUGCGCAGAGCCCGGCCGGCGGGCAACAAGGUUGCUGCGCACGCAGAAAGGGUGCAGUAAUGUGAUUGACCACAUGUAGGGCACACCCAUUCGGUCUGUCGGUAACCUUGUUGACGUCGGGUCAAUGUGCUCUAUGGUCCUGCGAAGGCCUGACGUGACAUCUGAACAAAGCCCACGAUAUGUGUGCGCGUCAUGUGUGUCCUCUACUUGCUCUCUCUGCUUACCGUGCACGCCUUUCUUCUGGAACGGUGAGGGCGCGUGCAUGGGCAGCUGCUCUGCGCGCGGGUGGGUCCCGGGCAUCACCGUCCGCAGAUAGAUCGGAACACCCACACGCUCUGCAAACAACAUCGGCCCCACACAUCCAUGUGGGCGCAUGUGUAUGUGUAUGUGCCGUGUCAAUGAGUGCUGACCCCAGUCGCCUCUGGCCGUGAUGGCAUCGAUGGAGAUGAAACCCAGCCACUCCCCGCAGCACGUGGGCUCGCUGUCGACCAUCACCUGCACUGUCGCACCAGGAGCUGCAGACGAGGGGAGGAAACCAGGAUACUGAUGCAUGGAGAGUGGUGCGCAUGUGUGUCUGUAUGCCGUGCUUACGCAGCGGUGUGGUCUUGUAUGUGACUCUCACGGGGUCGCAGUGCUCCACAGACACAUUCAGGUAGCACGAAUGGAAGCUGAUACAAUUUCCAAGGAAACGCUUCCUUGCUGCAUCAUGUUUGGUUACUUGAGGUUGGUGAUGUCCAUGCGAUAGCUCUUUCGCACGUUCCACUGCAGCAGCAAGCAGCACCACAGACGGACAGAUAUGCGAAAGGCGUGCUGCUGAGGAGACACGAUCAUUCAGUCCGUGGUGGCAGACAACGGACCUGUUGGACGCCCAUGUCUAUCCAGGGCCCCUCAAAUGCCUCCCAUAUGGUCCGUUGGUCAAGCCACACGAACCGCCGCUCGAUGAACCUCUUCAAAGCGUCGUCGCGCAACACGUUCAGACGCUUCUCCUCCGGGACCAUCAACACAACGCCUGACACACACACAUACGGCAAGGCAGGACGAAUGUAUGUAAGGUGAAGCAGCGUCGAUCGAUGAGUGCAUGCCUUUGGGCAUUGCGAGGAGGAAUGCCCGUUUGGGCAUCUCCAAAGGGUUGAAUGGGAAGGCUUUGAAGCGGUGGAUGUGCGUGUCCCUGUAGGCAUCGAGGAGACGUGCCUUGACAGCCUUGACGUUGUACAGACCCUGACACACAUGAGAAGGACAACGAAGGCACCGACGAAUAGAGCGAAUGCGCCUGUCCCUUUUUGUCUGAAGGGUCCUGCCUUCGUGCACACCAGCUGUUUGAAGAACAUGAGCACCCUGGCGGACCGUUUGUAGUGCUGGAGGUUCCACCUCGGGUGGCUCAUGGCCACGUCCCCAAGCACUGUCAGGUAGUCCACGAACUCAUCAAAGGUCACCUUGGCCUUGAACCGGUGGUUCUCAUACUCAGGCAGCACCGGAGCGAUCGUUUGCCACGCCUGACACAGACAGAAGAACACCGUGACGUGAAAGAAGACUCGUGGUGUCUGCUCACUCGUUCCAGCUGCACUUUGGUAAGCCCGACGGACGGCCCGAACAUGUCAAAGUCCCUGGCAAAGUCCAGUAUCUCCCUGAAGCACACGUGCCGCUCGUCCAGGUCAAUUGGGGCGAAGAAGGUCCCAGACGCGUGGCCCAGAGCUUCCUCGAUUAACUUGGUGUACAAGCGGCUGUAGAACAUCCAUAUCUGCACAUAACAUUGACAGGCAAUCACAUACUCACAUACACACACACGACGACGGCAUUGAUUAUUUGCUCUGGCGGACCAGGAGGAGGCUGCCCGGUUGUGACUGAAACUGCUCCUUCUGCAUGAUAUUCUUGAAGUCGAAACUACUCAGGUCGAAAAAUGUCUUGACGCGCAGGAUGGGGCUCGUUCCGUCAGGCGCACUGGCAGACAAACAAAACGGCCUGGCCCUGGAGAGACACAAAUGCAGAAAGAGGGCAUAUAUAAUACAGUGAAAGCAGCACAAUGCAUGCUUUGCAAGUGUGGUGUGUGGGCAAACCGAUUUCGCCUGAGGACAGCGACGUGCUCCGAGAACCUCUGAAAGACGUCGGUGCGAUACACGUCAGCCAGGGACGCCAGCAUGGCGCUCGUCCUCAAAUUCUGUGUGUGACAGUUAGACAAGAGGCAAUAAGGACGCAGGGCAUUCGAUGAUCAACUCACCAAGUCAUUGUCGGGAUCAUACGGCUCCCCUCCCUCCCCACAGUACACAUCUGUCAACUGUGUGGGUCCGGCCUGAAAGCUCUCCCUCCUCGCAGCCACGGUGAGCUGACCAUCCAAGAGAGGAAAGGGCUGAGGGGGGGCGGUGGUUUCGUGCUGCUGUGACGCGCGGAGGUCCACGAGAGUCCGCACACCUUGUGGGAGGGUGGGUAUGUCGCCUUCCUCCUCCACUGACUCAUCCGCAGCCGCAGCUGAAUCUGACCCUUGCUGCUGCGAUUCGUCAUACAGGUCAGUCCCCAUGGAUCGAAAGUACGUGUUCAAGAGUGCGUUCGAGUGAGGGCCGCCUUCGACAGCUGCCAGACUGGG